GAGAGAGAGAGAGAGAGAGGUGGAGAGAGAGAGGGGGGCGGAGCCAGCGCGUCUCGUGCUCGGUUGGUUACCGGAGCAGCUCGCGGGCAGCAGACAGAGGGAUGGUCUCGCGCUCAGCGGCGGGCAGCAGCAGGUUAUGUUGUCCGCGCGGCGGGAGACCUGCCCGCGUGUCACCUUCAGCGGAGCGGGAGCUGCGACGACGCCGGCUCGACGACCCGAGAUGGGGAUGGGCGGGGAGGCGUGUCCUCACAAGCUGGGAUCCACCAAUCACCUUCGACUUCUCCUCUACAUCCUGAUUCCCACUGUGAGCCUGCUGGCCGGUCUGCUGCUGCUCGUCCUGGCCCUCACCGGUAUAAUCGGCAGCAGCCUCCUGGACUCCAGCCCUCUCCCCACCCCUGAGCCCAUCGCCGACAGCGACCCUGGUUACCAUAGCAACAGCACAAACCCCUCCCCUUCCUACGAGGCAGGAAGCGUCACGGCCUCGCCGCGAAACCACAGCAAAGGUGGCGACGAUGACGUCACGUACCUCAGCCAGAGCACACCUGCCGCGACCACCGGCGCUGCCCCGCCCUCCUCUCAGGCCACGCCCACACCGCCCUACACGACGCCUCCUGAUUGGCUGACGUCCGUGACAUCGCUGAGCACCGCCUGGCCGACGGGCGCCACCCCGGCACCUGACACAGGUGGCUGUCAGCUGAUCGUGGAGCCUCAGUGUCACAUGUUGCCCUACAAUCAAACAUGGCUGUCCUCGUCCGCCGCCGUGGUGAAGAGCUCCGAGGUCGACAUGUUGCUAAGGUUCUUCAGCUACCUCAGCAGACUCUCCUGCUACAGACACAUCAUGCUGUUCGGCUGCUCGCUCGCUCUGCCCGAGUGUGUGACCGCCGACGGCUCGCACAACAGGCGGGUCGUGCUGCCCUGUGCGUCGUUCUGCGAGGCGGCGAGGGAAGGCUGCGAGCCCGUCCUCCAGAUGUUCAACGCCUCCUGGCCUGACUUCCUGCGCUGCUCUCAGUUCAGCAACGUCAGCUCCGCCUCGCCGCCGCCAUCACCAUCACCAUCAUCAUCAUCAUCAUCAUCACCGUCAUCAUCACCGUCACCCACGGCAACAGCAGGCCCCGCCCCUGCUGCCUGUUACACUCCACGACAGAUCAAAGGGAAACCAUCUGUGUGCGGCGGGAAGGACCACUUCCUGUGCGCGACAGGGAUUUGUGUCCCACAGAAACUGGUGUGUAACGGCUACAACGACUGUGACGACUGGAGCGACGAGACACACUGCGUGUGCACAGAGGGAGAGUUUCGCUGUAACACCGGUCGGUGUCUCUCGCCCGCUCUGGUGUGUGACGGCUACGACGACUGUGGAGACCUGAGCGACGAACUCAACUGUGUGUGUGAUCUGGCUCGUGAGCAUCGCUGUGGCGACGGUCGUUGCGUGUCCAGAGACUGGUUGUGUGACGGAGACCACGACUGUCUGGACAAGACCGACGAGCUCAACUGCUCCUGUAAGAGUCAGGGUCUGUUGGAGUGCAGGAACGGUCAGUGUAUUCCUUCUGCGUUUCGCUGUGACGGGGAGGACGACUGUAAAGACGGCAGCGACGAGGAGCACUGCAGCCGAGAGCAGACUCAGGGUGUGUGUGUUCCCGGUCAGCCCAGCUGUAUCUCCACUUCCUGUCCAUCAGUGUGUGCAGGGGGAAGCGCCGCCUGUGACCCCCGAAACAACAACAACAACAACAACUGCACUCGCUGUGAGCCCAUCAGCCUGGAGCUGUGCAUGAACCUGCCCUACAACCUGACCAGUUACCCCAACUACCUGGGCCACCUGUCCCAGAGAGAGAGCUCCGUGUCCUGGGAGUCCUCGCUGUUCCCGGCCCUGGUCCAGACCGGCUGCUACCAGUACCUCAUGUUCUACGCCUGCACGCUGCUGGUUCCCAAGUGUGACCCGGUCAGUCUGCAGAGGGUCCCGCCCUGCAGGUCAUUGUGUCGUAAUGCGAAGGAGAAGUGUGAGUCGGUGCUCGGCAUUGUGGGAUUGCAGUGGCCUGAGGACUCAGACUGCAGCCAGUUUCCAGAGGAGGGUGGGAACACCACCUGCCUGCUGCCGGAGGCCGGAGUGGACGAGUGCUCCCCCAGCCACUUUAAGUGUCGGUCGGGUCGCUGCGUCCUGGCGUCCAAACGCUGCGACGGACACCUGGACUGUGACGACCACAGCGACGAGGACAACUGUGGCUGCUCUGAGCGCGCUCUGUGGGAGUGUCCCGGCAGUAAGGUGUGUAUCAAAGCCAGCAUGAUCUGUGAUGGAUUCCCAGACUGCCCCCUGCUGGCGGACGAGGCCAACUGCUCUGUGUGCAGAGAUAACGAACUCUCCUGUAACAACCAUCAGUGUGUUCACCGCACGCUGUGGUGCGACGGAAAGAAACACUGUUCAGACAGCUCUGAUGAGUGGGACUGUGUGUCUCUGGCUGAUCGAUCAGGUUCUGUAUUGACGGUGUUCAGGACGGCAGCAGAGUACCAGGUCUGUGCCGACGAGUGGAACCACGAGCUCAGCAAACUGACCUGCGACCAGCUGGGACUAGGGGUUCCCUCUUCUGUCUCCAUGGUACCGGACCAGCCGGGGGUCCCGGGCCGUCGCCGUUGGUUACACGUCCAUCCUGAGUGGAACCUGAGGAACGGUUCUGCUCUGCAGGCCCGACUGGAGAAGAGAAGUCAUGCGUGUCAUUCCAGGAGGAGAGUCUCAGUUCUUUGCACCAGAGAAGAGUGUGGCCUCCGCCCGGCGGUGGGCGUCUACCCCCACAGGAAGAAGAGGAUCCUGGGAGGGCGGGUGUCCCGGCGGGGGGCGUGGCCGUGGCAGUGCUCACUGCAGAGCGGGCAGAGCGGACACGUCUGCGGCUGCGUCCUCAUCGCCCGGAGGUGGGCUCUGACCGUCGCACACUGCUUCGAGGGGAGGGAGAGUGCGGAGCUGUGGAAGGUGGUGCUGGGUCUGAAUAACCUGGACCACCCAGGUGUUCACAGUCAGAGCCGCAGGGUGCGCUCCAUCAUCGUACACCCACGCUACAACCGGGCGGUGGUGGACUACGACAUCAGCGUGGUGCAGCUGGACUCUGAGGUGGAGGAAACGCUGUUCGUCAGACCGGUGUGUCUGCCACAGCCCGGCCAGCUGCCCUCACCUGACUCCUACUGCUACAUCACCGGCUGGGGUCACAUGGGCAACAGGA